AUGGUUCAGAACAAGACUCUCGUAUACAAGAAGAUCCCCACCGGUCUCCCCGUCGCCGGUGAGCAUCUCGUCAUCGAGGACCGUCCCAUCGAUAUCGACCAGGCUCCCCAAGGUGGUGUCGUUCUCGAGCAGCAAUAUGCCUCUUUCGACCCUUACCUGCGAGGCAAGAUGCGCGACACCUCCGUCAAGUCAUACGCUCCCGCUUUUGAGAUCAACGAUGCCAUCAACAACGGCACCUUGAACAAGGUCAUCAAGUCUGACUCCCCCGACUUUGCCGAGGGUGAUCUCGUUACUGGUUUCCUCCCCAUUGCCGAGUACGUCCGUGUCGACAAGGAGACCAUCCCCAAGGUCAACCUCCGCAAGAUCCAGAACCCUCACAACUUGGAUCUCGGCCUCUUCCUCGGUGCCCUUGGCAUGCCUGGUCUCACCGCCUGGUCUGGUCUCCACGAGAUCGGUCAGCCCAAGAAGGGCGAGACCAUCUUCAUUAGCUCCGCUGCCGGUGCUGUUGGUCAGAUUGUCGGUCAGAUCGCCAAGCGCGAGGGUCUGACCGUUAUCGGCUCCGUCGGUGACGACGAGAAGCUCAACUUCAUCACCAAGGAGCUCGGCUUCGAUGCUGGCUUCAACUACAAGAAGGAGGCUCCCAAGGAUGCUCUUCCCCGUCUUGCCCCCAACGGUAUCGACAUUUACUUCGAGAACGUCGGUGGUGACCACCUCGAGGCUGCUCUCACCAACAUGAACGUUGGUGGCCGUAUCCCCGUCUGCGGUCUCAUCUCUGAGUACAACACCCCCGCUGACAAGCGUGAGGGUAUCAAGGGUCUUAUCAACCUGAUCGCCAAGCAGAUCAAGAUGGAGGGCUUCCUCGUCUCUCACCCCCAGUUCGGUCCCAAGUACUACAAGGACCACCAGGAGAACCUCCAGAAGUGGUUGGGUGACGGCAGCGUCAAGGCUAAGCUGUUCACCACUGAGGGCAUUGAUAACGCCGCUGAGGGCUUCAUUGGUAUGCUCCAGGGCAAGAACUUCGGCAAGGCUGUUCUCAAGCUCCGUUAA